AUGGUCCACGCUAAGCGGCCAGUCCUCGUCGCCAAUGUCAGCGGUGCAACAGGCGACGGUCCACUAGCCCUCUAUCGCGUCGUCAGGGAGGGACCGGUCGACGUUGUCACAGCAGACUACCUCGCUAAGGUGAAUAUUGCAUGGCUAGCUCUAGAGAUGAAACAAGACCCCACCAAAGGCUAUGAGCCUAGCUUCCUGCGACAGCUUGACCAUGACACUGCACACACAGUGGCUAAAAGGGGCAUCAAGAUUGUCCACGACGGCGGCGCCCUCAACCCCAAAGGCCUGGCACAGAAAUGCGUGGAACUGCUUCAAUCAUACGGCAUCAACCAGUUGAAAGUCGCCUAUGUCGAGGGCGAUGAUCCCAUCCUAAGUGCAAAUGGCUAUGUGGGUAUGUCUGGAAUUAUUGCCGCCCUUGAGAUUGGUGCAGAUAUCGUCAUUUCUGGACGAUGCUGUGACGCUAGUCCCGUCAUGGACUGCAUUGAAUGUGGCUGUUAUGCUACGGGUGGCAACUUCUCUGGUUUCAAAUCAACUUCCCAAAAUUGGAACCAAGGAUUCCUGGUAGCUGAAAUUGCCGCUGAUGGCACCUUCGACAUUGCCAUGCAGGAUGGAGCGCGAGGCCUCGUGAGCAAGGACACCAUCACCGCCCAGCUCGUAUAUGAGAUCCAGGGCCCAUUCUACCUCAACCCAGAUGUGGUCGCAGACCUGCGCAAGGUUCGGGUUGUGCCCAAUGGCAAGAACAGAGUCUCAGUAUCUGGACUUACUGGUUCACCCCCUCCCCCCACGCUCAAACUGGCCAUCUGCAGCCAAGGCGGCUACCAGACAGAGUUCUACCUUUUCGCGACCGGUUUGGACUUGGUGCCUCGGCCUUUUGUAAGCUACGAGCUAUUCCGCCUACCAUAUGCCGACAUCAAACUUCGCGUUACAAUGGGCGACCAAACAAAGGCAGUCGCGAUUCCGCGUCAAUCAAGCCCCUUCACAGGACAGAUCAGCCAUGAAUCGAGCGAGGAGUACGUACCCAGUGCUUCCGGCAAUACGACUCGCGCACCGUUGGGCGCUCGUGUUCAUGCCAGGUCUGGUGACAAAGGCUCGAAUGCCAACGUGGGCUUCUGGGUAGUCGACGACGAUGAAUACCAAUGGCUUCGCGCUUUUCUCUCCAUCGAAAGAAUGAAGCAAUUGCUUGGCGACGACUACUGCGAGCGCUAUGCGCUCGAACGAUUCGAGAUCCCUGGUCUGAACUGCGUGCAUUUCCUGGUCAAGGGCAUGCUGGAAGGGGGUGUAAGCUCGUCGUAUAAGCUUGACGACCUGGCAAAGAGUUUUGGCGAAUUCUUGCAUAAUAGCACUGUUGAAGAUGAGAGCGUACAGACGCUGGGUUAG